AAUAAUUAAAACAUAUUCUUCUUCCUCUUCCUCUUCCUCCUCCUCCUCCCCCUCCUCCUCUGUUCGACUACUAUACUCUACUCUCUCUUUAAGGAGUAAAAUCUUUGAGAGAUAAAAAAGCAAAAGCUUAUCACAAACUUUUCCAAAUAGUUUCAAUUUUUUCGUUUUAUUAUAUCACAGUGUAAUUGCAUUGAUUUGUUUAUAUAGUAUAAAGUAGUGGUCGGAAAUGUCUACUCCGACGCCGGGAAGUGCUCCAGCUCCCACAUCUCCUCCGGCGCCGCCUACUAACUCUACUUCUCCACCUCCAACUCCACAAGCUCCUCCUCCAGCUACCCCUACGCCACCGGUCACCACUCCGCCACCCACUGCCGCCACUUCUCCUCCACCACCAUCCACUCCUGCUCCUUCCUCCUCCACUCCAACAACACCUGCUCCAUCUGGGUCUCCUCCUUCGCCACCUUCCACCACUCCUUCUCCUCCGUCUGGUGCUUCGCCUUCACCCCCGGCAAGAGGGAACUCUCCGCCGGCUCCUUCUGGGUCAGGGAGAUCUCCGGAAACUCCUAGAGGAGGAGGAGGAGGAGGAGGAGGGGGGUCAUCGUUAGAUGAAGGGUCAUCCGGAGUAUCGACAGGACUGGUGGUGGGAAUAGCAAUUGGAGGAGUUGUCAUUCUGGCAAUGUUGAGUUUGUUCUUCAUAUGUUGCAGGAGGAAGAAGAGGAGAAAUCACGGACCAGUUGAUUAUUAUCCUCCUCCACCACCACCACUGGGGUAUAAAGCUGAUCCUUAUGGUGACCAUUGGCAACAUAAUGCACCACCACCUUCGGAUCACGUUGUCUCGUUUCCACCAAAACCAUCUCCGCCACCAGCAGGGGCUUCACGGCCUCCACACUCUCCAGUACACGCGCCUCCUCCUCCACCUCCACCUUACAUGAGCAGCAGUGGAGCUUCAUCUAAUUAUUCGGGGUUUGAAAAUCCACUUCCACCACCUUCUCCUGGAAUGGUCUUAGGAUUCUCAAAGAGCACAUUCACAUAUGAGGAAUUGGUGUGGGCAACUGAUGGCUUCUCAAAUGCUAACCUUCUUGGACAAGGUGGUUUUGGCUAUGUGCAUAGAGGGGUCCUUCCUAAUGGCAAAGAGGUUGCGGUCAAACAGUUAAAGGCUGGAAGUGGACAGGGUGAGCGUGAAUUCCAAGCAGAGGUUGAGAUCAUUAGCCGAGUACAUCACAAACAUCUUGUUUCUCUUGUUGGGUACUGCAUAACUGGGUCUCAGAGACUGCUUGUCUAUGAGUUUGUCCCAAAUAACACCUUGGAAUUCCACUUACAUGAAAAGGGAAGGCCACCAUUGGAUUGGCCCAUUCGACUGAAGAUCGCUCUAGGGUCUGCUAAAGGACUGGCGUAUCUGCAUGAAGAUUGUCAACCAAAAAUCAUUCAUCGUGAUAUCAAGGCAGCAAACAUACUUCUUGACUUUAACUUUGAGGCUAAGGUUGCCGAUUUUGGACUUGCGAAGUUAACAUCUGAUGUUAAUACUCAUGUCUCUACUAGAGUGAUGGGAACUUUUGGGUACUUGGCUCCAGAAUAUGCAGCUUCUGGAAAACUUACAGAAAAGUCUGAUGUAUUCUCCUAUGGAGUAAUGCUCCUAGAGUUGAUCACUGGACGCCGGCCUGUUGACUCUAGUCAAACAUACAUCGAUGAUAGUUUAGUUGACUGGGCAAGGCCUCAGCUUACACGAGCUCUUGAAGAUGAGAAGUUUGAUUCCCUUAUUGAUCAACGUUUAGGAAAUGAUUAUAACCAUAAUGAGGUAGCUCGGAUGGUUGCUUGUGCUGCUGCUUGUGUGCGUCAUUCAGCAAGGCGUCGGCCACGCAUGAGUCAGGUAGUCAGAGCUCUGGAAGGAGAUGUGUCUCUGUCAGAUCUUAAUGAAGGGAUUCGACCUGGACACAGCACAGCAUAUAGUUCAUAUGGAAGUUCAGAUUAUGAUGCUUCUCAGUACAGUGAAGACAUGAAACAGUUCAGGAAGAUGGCAUUAGCAAGCCAGGAAUAUGUUAGCACUGACCAGUAUAGUAAUCCAACAAGUGAGUAUGGUUUGUAUCCGUCUGGAUCAAGCAGCGAAGGCCAACAGACGAGGGAAAUGGAAAUGGGUAGGACGAAAAAAGAAAGUAGAGGCUUCAGUGGAAGUAAAGGAUUUAGUGGAAGCUCUUGACGCAAGAUACGGAUUUCUGUAUAAUCUCUUCAGGCUGAUUUUUUUCUUUAGCCGGAUAAAUGCUUCUGCAGUUGCAAAAAUGGCUUGAUAUAUUUUUUACUAGGUCAACGUACAGAUUAUUUCCUUUUUUUUUUUUUUGAGUCAUCUUCCCCAUUGUAUCUAUAAUGGCUUUAUACAAGAGAGAUGAGUUAUGCUGUUGAUUCUUUAAUUCAAUGUUUCAGCAAUACUAAUGUUUGGUUGUUCA